AUGUCUCUCGUCCAGCAUGUCUCUGCUAUCGAAGGAAUUGAUAGGGAUCCAGAACUCGAGUCCAGAGAGGAUGCACUGUCCAUUCGCCGCAAAAUCAGCUAUGAUGUGUUGCAGACCCCGAGCUUGACGCCUGCCGUUGCCGAGCAAGUACCGGGGACCCCAGCAUAUAAACACUCCUCGGCCAAGAGAAUAGCUCAGGUCAUAUUCACAGUUCUGGCAUGCUGGGUCGCGUCAGGGAUUGUAUUUGGAUUUGCAGCGCUGAAGCCAGUUCUUAUCGAGGAAGGUGUGUAUCACGACAAGUGCACCGAAGAGGAAUUACGCGAUGAAGUCAGUCUAUGCAAACAACAGGAUCUAAGGCUCAACCUUUUCUUCACCAUCGCUUCCAUCACGGCAAAUGUGUCUGCGCUACCUGUUGGAACCAUCCUCGAUCGAUAUGGCUCGCGUGUCUGUGGCGUCAUUGGGUGUGCUUUGCUGGCAGUUGGCAGUUUGCUAAUGGCAUUUUCUUUUUUACGACCAGGAUUCGAGGGUUUAGUCGCCGGCAACUUCUUCCUUGCUCUGAGUGGAACUUUCAUUUUCGUGCCCUCGUUUCAAAUCGCCAAUGCCUUUCCGCGAUACGCGGGGACCAUCGUCGCACUCGUCACUGGUGCAUUCGAUGCCUCAGCAGGUGUAUUCCUAUUCUAUCGCUCCAUAUAUGAGGCCUCAGAUAGGAACUUCACCCCGGACCAGUUUUUCCUCAUGUACCUGAUCGUUCCGCUACUCAUUCUCCUAGCCCUCCUUACAUUCAUGCCCACCCGCGAUUAUGUGCCCACAUCUGGACUGAAAGUUAAAAUGGAACGCGCAGAAGACGCAACCAGAGAUGUGCAUGAAUCAGACAUUGAGAUCGAGACCGAACGGGAACUACAGCAGGUACGCCGCAGGCGUGCGGAGCACCGGAAGCACAAAAUACGUCAAAUCCACGAGGUGCUUGGCAGUAAAGAUGAGAUUCAAUCUCGAGCAGAAAGGGAAGAGGAUCGCCAGGUUGUCAGCCAGGUCUGGGGUGUUCUGCAUGGUCUUCCAGCGCAGAAGCAAAUGGCUACACCGUGGUUUAUUCUGAUCACGCUCAUGACGGUACUCCAGAUGGUGCGAAUGAACUACUUCAUUGCAACUAUCCGCGCGCAGUACGAGUACAUGCUUGGCUCCUUCAAGGAAGCGGAGCAGAUUAACAGCUUUUUUGAUGUUGCCUUGCCUGUUGGUGGUGUUCUUUUCACUCCAUUUAUUGGCUUCUUACUCGAUCGCUUGAGCGUCCCCGCAAUGUUAACCUUGAUUGUGAUAUUCACCACGAUAAUCGGUCUUCUGAACUCGAUCCCUACUUUAUGGGCGGGUUAUAUGACUGUUGUCUUAUUUGUGUUGCUACGUCCUCUAUACUAUUCUGCGAUGUCUGACUAUGCUACGAAGGUGUUUGGCUUCGCUACGUUUGGCCGCGUCUACGGGGCUAUCAUCUGUCUCUCAGGACUUGUCAACUUUUCUCAAUAUGGAUUGGAUGCUCUCACUCACCAUACUUUCCAUGAGAACCCCAUCCCAAUCAAUGCGUUCUUGGCCGCGUCAGGGUUUGUGGUUGGAGUAGCGCUUGUUAGCUUUGUUACUGUCGCAGGUCGUAGACUUAAGGCUCAGGCGGAAAGGAAUGACGAAGAACGAGAGCCACUACUGCUUGAGGAAGAUGAAGAUGACAAUGAAUCUGAUGAGUAUGACUCGCAAGAUCAUUAA